AUGAGCAAUAUUUAUUUGUUGCUUAUAUUCAAGUCCAUUUUAUUUUUCACAAUUUUUCAAAUUGUCGAGACAAGUGAAGGAGUUGUUGUAUUGGAAAAAUGGUAUAGAGUUUCAACAUUCAAAUGUUUAAAAGAAAAAUAUUCAAAAGAAUUUGUUAUUGUUGAGGCUAAUAAUUAUAAUACUGGAGAAGUUGAUUUAGAUGCAGAAAUAAAUAUAAUAAAUGCUAGAGCAGCAGGAUUUGAAAAUGUAGAUAUUUAUAUUGCUCCAUGUGUAAAACCUUCUUCUGAGUACAAAUUAUGUGGAGAUGCUAGGUAA